AUGUUGGGACACGGGAAGAAAGCAGCCCCGGUGCUGAAGAACGGAGCCGGGACGUCCGAGUCAAAGGCCAUCGAUCCUCUGAGGAAUCUGGGUGUGCAGGAAGAUGAGGAUGUCAAACGGAUGCUGCAGGGCUCUAACAUGAUAAAGGUGCGUUCACCUCGAUGGCAGAAGAGACGGACCCUGAAGCUGAUGGAAGAUGGUGUCACCAUCUGGUGUCAGUCCCAAAAAACCUCCAGCCGAGCCAAGGAGCAGCAGUCCUUCUCAGUCAUGGAGGUGGAGUGCGUCCGUGAGGGAUGUCAGUCUGAGACGCUGCGCCCGAUGGUCGGCUCGGUGCCAGAGGGCCGAUGUUUGACGGUUGUCUUCAAAGGGGCCCGUAAAAGCCUGGAUCUCCUCUGUCAGAGCACGGAGGAGGCUCAGCACUGGGCCAGGGGCAUCCGGACCCUGCAGGAGAGGGUGGAGAACAUGACCCAGAAGGAGAAACUAGACCACUGGAUUCAUGCAUACCUGAGUCGAGCCGACCAAAACCACGAUGACAAGAUGAGCUAUGAUGAAGUCCAAACACUGCUGCAGAUGAUCAAUAUCGAUCUGAAUGACCAGUACGCUCGAAACCUCUUUCAGAAAUGUGACAAAUCAGCUGACGGUCGUCUGGAUCACGGCGAGAUCGAAGUUUUCUGCAGGGAGCUGUUACGGAGACCGGAGUUGGAUGCUGUGUUUAUCCGUUACUCUGCUAACGGCUGCGUGCUCUCCACCGUGGACCUGAGGGACUUCUUCAAGGACCAGGGGGAGGAUGCCUCACUCACCCACGCCCAGAGCGUCAUACUCACCUAUGAGCUUAAUGAAUGGGCCCAGAAGAACCAGUUCAUGACUCCCAAUGGUUUCACCAUGUACAUGCUGUCUAAGGAGAACCGCUUGUUGAACCUGGAUCAGGCCCGAGUUUACCAGGACAUGAAACGUCCACUUUCACACUACUUCAUCUCCUCUUCACACAACACCUACCUCACCAAGGACCAGCUGACCGGGGACAGCAGCACAGAGCCAUACAUCAGGGCUCUGAAUCAGGGCUGCCGCUGUGUGGAGCUGGACUGCUGGGACGGAGAUAAGGGAGAACCAGUCAUCUACCACGGACAUACACUCACCUCCAAAGUGCCCUUUGUUGAGGUUAUCGAGACUAUCAAUGAGUACGCUUUUAAAACCUCUCCAUACCCGGUGAUCCUGUCUCUGGAGAACCACUGCUCCGUGGAGCAGCAGACGGUCAUGGCUCGACACCUGCGAUCUAUUCUGGGAAACAAACUGCUUACUAAGCCCCUCAGUGGUCUGGACCCUCACAAGCUGCCUUCCCCAGAGGAUCUAAAGGGUAAAAUCUUGGUGAAGGGGAAAAAGGAGCAUAUUCAGGAGGAGGGGGCUUACAGCUCUUCAGAGGCAAGCUCCUCAGACGAGGAGGCGAGCCGGUCUGAAGGAAAACCCAGGACAAAGAAAGGAGAAAAGACGCCAGGUGUGUCUAAGCUGAGUCCAGAGCUGUCAGAGCUGGUGGUGUACACCCGCAGCGUUCCCUUCAAAGGCUUCGAUCAAGCAGCCAAAAACCCAGAGACGGACAUGUCCUCCUUCUCUGAGAGUGAGGCACUCAGGCUCGUUAAGGAAUCAGGGAUGCAUUUUGUUCGUCACAACAGCCACCAGCUGAGCAGGAUCUAUCCCUCAGGUCAGCGCCUUCAGUCCUCAAACUACAACCCUCAGGAGAUGUGGAACGGAGGCUGUCAGAUCGUUGCGCUGAAUUUCCAGACGCCUGGUGAGCAGAUGGACUUAAACCACGGCCGGUUCCUGCAGAACGGUCGGUGUGGAUACGUCCUGAAGCCUCCCUUCAUGUGUGGGCGGGACUCCACCUUCAACCCAGAGAAUGUGGGUGGAGGUCCUGGUCACAAACCCGUCCUACUCACUGUUAAGGUGAUUUCAGCUCAGCAGCUCCCAAAACCAGCAUGGGACAAGCCCAGCUCCAUUGUUGACCCUCAUGUGUGGGUGGAGGUACACGGUGCUCCCAUCGACAACGACAAGAAGAAAACUCACCACGUUGACAACAACGGCUUUAACCCACGGUGGGACUGCACUUUUAACUUCACCAUCCAUGUCCCUGAUCUGGCUCUGGUUCGCUUCCUAGUGGAGGACCAUGACUAUACCUCAAGCAAUGACUUUCUGGGACAGUUCACCCUGCCUUUUACAUGUCUGCGUACAGGUUAUCGUCAUGUCCGACUUCGUAAGGUGGACGGUUCCAGCCUGUCGCCUGCCUCAAUCUUUGUCCACAUUAAGAUCGCCCCAUGUCAGAGCAGUCCGUCAAAACCGUCUGCUAAGUCUCCGGCUAAGUCUUCAACCAAGAAGCCCUGA